AUGCAGUUUACCCCUCGGACGGUUUGUAACAUGGUUUUGGCGCUGAUAUGGCAAUCUACUCGGCAUUAGGAAUAUAAAAAGAUUGUGGGUCCCACGUGUCGCUCUCUCGUUUCUCCUGCUCUUUCUCUCUCUCUCUCUCUCUCUCUCAAGCUACCGAUCAAGCGUGGGAGUUCAUGGACUCGCCGGAGGAGGAGCGAGGCGACCGGCGAUGGCGGAAGAAGAAGGAAGAGCACGGCGGGCUAGUCGCUGUUUUGUCGUCGCGUCGCUCAGCCUCCACCGCUGCGUUUCCCCUCUCCUCCCUGGCUCCCUCCCUCUACUCUCUCUCCACUGAAGAGGACGGCGGAGCUAUCCGCGUGGUGGAUGCGGUUAUCGGCCCGCUCAUCGACCGGGGCAGUAGGGCCUGUGGCGACGCUGUCGCGGUGGAAACGGAUAUGGAAGUGCGCGGGUUGUCACUGGCAAGCUCGAGCUCCCCUUCGUCCUUCCGACAACAGGAGCUUCAUCUUCUCCGUGAAAUCGUGUCGGUAAAGCUCGAGCUCCCCUUCCCCAAGCGACUCCUCGUCCUCGACCAGGCGGCGGCGACGCUGCACAAGAUGACUCCUCCCCACGCGGGUGGCUCCGAUGAGGUCCACCUUUCCCGCUCUGGGAGGCGGCGGUAACCUCGUCCACCUCUCGCUGCUCCAGGCGCUGCCCCAUUAGAUCCCGCCACUCAUCGCAGCAUCUCCCCUGCCUCGCCGUGGAUGUCGAUGGACCACGGGGGGAGAGGGCGGAUGCGAUGUUCGCCAGGGUGGAGGGAGGGGGUAGAAUGCUGGGGACGGAGCCGGCGGCGGGAGGGAGCUCGCCGGCUUCUUCCGCUCAGCGAGCUUGGAGGUGGGGGUGGGGGGAGGAAGAAGAGAUAUUGUCUGAUUUGUGGGACUCUAUGCUGAUGUGGCGUUCAAAACCGGUGUAAAACAGCUUUAGGGGGUAAAAUGCCCGGUAUUAAUAGUUGAAGGGUGUAUUAUACCAGGUUUUAUAGUUUGAGGGUGUAUUUUAGCAAACAUGAAAGUUCGGGGGUGUAAAAUGGACUUUUCCCUUAACAAUAUACUGUAACAUACUGUAUGACAAAUUGAUGCUAAUGAUCGUGAUAAACAA